AUGGGGUUGGGAACAGGGUGUCAGUGGGGCUGGGCCCAGGCUGGCCGUGAGACCCCCCUGGAGUGCCGCUCGGUGUGCCUAACCCCCGUCCCUGCUGUGGCGCUCCAGGUCUUCGUGCUGCUGUUCAUCUUUGUGAAACGCCAGAUCAUGCGCUUCGCCAUGAAGUCCCGCCGUGGCCCCCACGUGCCUGUCGGACAACACGCGCCCAAGGAUUUAAAGGAAGAAAUCGACAUUCGACUGUCAAGGGUGCAAGACAUCAAGUACGAGCCCUGGCUGUUAGCUGAGGACGACAGCAGGCUUCUGCAGCUGGAGACACAAGGCUGCUAUAACUACCUGUACCGGAUGAAGGCGCUGGAUGCGAUCAGAACAUCUGAAAUCCCGUUUCACACAGAGGGCCGGUACCCAAAGUCUUUAGUAGGGAAGAACUUCUGUGCCUAUCUGCUGGAACUGCGGAAUUCCAGCACCUCCUUCAAAGGCAUCCGCAAAGCCUUGAUCGACACCUUGCUGGAUGGGUAUGAGAGCGCCCGCUACGGCACUGGGGUCUUUGGGAAACCAGAAUAUCUGCAGUACCAGGAUGCUCUGAAUGAGCUGGCAAACAUGACCAAGGCCCGGGGAGGCAGCAGCCAGCGGCAGCACCAGUCAGCAGCAAAGGACCUCACCCUCUCCCCUGAAGUCUCCAACCCCGCCACCAUCCAGGUCACCUACCUGCCUUCCAGCCAGAAGAGCAAACGUGCCAAACACUUCCUGGAGCUGAAGAGCUUCAAGGACAACUACAACACACUGGAGAGCACCCUGUGAGCCGCACAGGGAGCGCUGCUCUGGGGACCUGCCACGAGCAGAGCCCCUUGCUGGGUGCAGCUGGUCUUACGGGCAGGUUUUGGCCACAGUUCGGCGUGCAGGCAGCGUUGGGAGGAAGCGGCUGCGCUCUUGGGUCUCCCUCUUGCACGACGUUGGAGGUCAUCACUUGGUGGAGGCUCCGUUUCAGCUGGUGGAGCUCGGCCCUUGCCAGGAGCCCGUUUCAAAGCAGCGUGCCUGCCUGCUGAAUCCGGAGGGGAUCGGCCUGUGCAGCCUCCUCUGUGGCAGGCUUGGGGACGUGCUUCAGGCCUGAGGCUUUGAGUCCGGCAAUGUCUUGGAGCCCUGGCCCUGUGAAUAAACUCUGAUUAGCUUUAGCUUAUUUAUAAAAGACAUCGACCCCA